AUGCGUUCCAGCAACGCUAACACUUGUGCUGCAUCAAGCACCGGAGCCUCUAACGGUAACACAGGACGCCACCCUGUGUACCGUGGAGUGAGGCGUAGGAGUAGUGGAAAAUGGGUUUCCGAAAUCCGUGAGCCCAGAAAACCUAACAGGAUUUGGUUAGGGACAUUUGCCACCCCUGAAAUGGCUGCUAUUGCCUAUGACGUGGCAGCGCUUGCUCUUAAGGGGAAGGAUGCUGAACUCAACUUCCCUAACUCCGCCUCUUCUCUUCCAGUUCCCGCUUCAUCCGCUGCUCGCGACAUUCAGAUUGCUGCGGCAAGCGCAGCAGCCGCUGUCGGAGCAGCAAAUGAUGCACUAUGUGACGGAAACCGAGGAGGGAAUGUUUCGGUUUCAUUGGCACAAGAGUUUCCAGGUGGAAACUUGAACCAUUUUGUGGAUGAUGACUUGAUCUUUGAUAUGCCAAAUAUUCUGGUGAAUAUGGCUGAAGGAAUGUUACUUAGCCCUCCUCGUUUUGACAAUUUUGCUGCUACAGACUAUGACUACAUGGAUGAAGAUCCUAAUCUCUGGGGUUUUCCUUACUAG